UCUCCUAUUUACCCCGUCCUCCUCGCGCUUGGGGCUACGAAGGUUAAGGUUUCUUCCUCGGCGAUCCCCCGAGUCCCCUCCGCAACGAAAGCUCGAGCGAUUACGUCUCCUCGUGGUUGGAUAGCGUAAUUUGAUCGUAUUUGAGAACUACCCAGUUGGUAGGGUUUGAUUCGUUGUGUUUCACUCUGAUUUAUCCAAACAAGGAGCUUCAGCAUGAUGUCUUUAUCAGCUGCGACCAUCCCUUCACUUGCAAUCACAUCAAAAAACUCCUCAGGGGAGAAGAAAAUUUUGAGCGGUCAGAGGGUUCAGCGGGUUCAGCUUACCAAGUCUGGUCUAGCAAUACCCUGCACAAAAUGUCAGCCAUUUCCAAAAAGACAAGUUAGUCUUCGAGCGACAAGUUUACGUGCCAAUGCAAUGAUAUGCACUGCAGUAAUGAACGCCAGAUGUGCAGCAGAGCAGACGCAGACUGUUACUCGCCAAUCAUCAACAAUUACAAUCGCCCCAAUCCAAGGGAAGGAGAAGUCGCCGGAGCUCGACGAUGGGGGUUCAGGAUUCCCGCCUCGUGAUGAUGAUGAUGGUGGAGGGGGCGGUGGUGGGGGCGGAGGUUAUCCCUGGUCCGGAGGCUUCUUCUUCUUUGGCUUUCUUGCAUUCCUCGGCCUCCUAAAGGAUCAAGAGAGUGAGGGACCCUACAGGGAUAGCCGCGGAAGAAGAUGAUCGAUGAUCCCUUCGGAAAAUGAACGUAUUCGUAUGGAGAGUCUAGUGAAGCGUAGUGUGAACUUGCAUAUGCAUCAGCUUUUCUUACCGUCUAUUAUCAAAUACAUGAAGAUUGUCAUGCUUUGAUCUCUUAAAUAACUUCGGUUUAAGAAGAUUACAUUGGACGCUCAAAUGAAUGGACCAACACUGGAACGAAUUGGUGGAGA